AUAAGGCUGCGUCAAUUCCUGAGGGACAAAACGAACUCAAGAGAAACCAGCUUCGAGAACUGGCCACGUUGAAUGGUACUCUGCGUGAUGAUGAAAAUCAGGCCUGUCAAAACUGUGGUCAAAUUGGCCACCGGAAGUACGAUUGUCCCGAGAAGCAGAACUUCACGGCCAACAUCAUUUGCCGCGUCUGUGGCAACGCCGGUCACAUGGCUCGAGAUUGUCCUGAUAGACAGAAAGGUGCUAGUUGGCGUAACGACGGUCCUCCUCGUGCUGCUGCUGGUCGCAUAGGCAGUGGAGAUGCCGUCGAUCGUGAAUACGAGCAAUUCCUUGAAGAACUUGGAGGUGGCUCCAGCGGAACUCCAGCUCGUAUCGAAGCAGCACCUGGUUCUUAUAACAACGGCAAUAGUGGUGGUGACGCAAAGCCUUGGCAACGAGGUCCGACAGGCGCUGCUGCUCCAUGGCGUUCUCGCAACAACGAUCAGAACAACGAAAGUGGAGGCGGUGGCUCUGCUCCCUGGCGCGACCGCCAUCGUGGCAAUGACAACCACGGAGGUGAUUACUACGGUGGUCAAGGUCAGAACUAUAACAGUGGUUCAGCCCCCGGAGCAGCUGCGCCUUGGCAUCAAGCCUCAAGCGGGCAGCCUCAGUACCCCAGCUAUCCCGGCUAUUCAGGCUAUGGUGCAGCUCCUGGUAUGGGACCUCCUCCUGGUCUUGCUCCUCCGGGAGGUUCUCUCGGUGCUCCGCCUGGACUACCACCAGGAAACAUUAAUGCUCUAAUCCAGCAAUAUUCCAACGGAGCGGCACCUCCCCCUCCGCCGCCUAGUGGUGAUGCUCCUCCGCCACCUCCCGGUGAUCAGCCGCCGCCACCUCCUCCUGGUGCUUGAGCGUGGGAAGCAUACAGAACAACCUGUCGUACCGAUACUAACUUGCUUGACCUUGGUACACUGUAUCCAGCUCAAUUUGCCUUGUACU